AUGCCCACACUGAGGUUGCCGGCGUUUUUCCAUCCGGCACAAUCGAAAGAGGAUCAAACAAAACUGGCUACAGUGUGCGAGAAAGAGUUGAGCAUUGAGACAAGUCCGUAUGGAGGAUUUGGUUGUACGGGAGAGCACGAUUCGAGAAUGAAAUGGAGUGUUUUUUUCAAAUCACAGCCAAUCUACGCUCAAUACUUUAAACUGUUGGUGUUAUUCGUUUUCGCGUUGGCUCACGUCUUUUAUAUCACCGAUUUCUUGGAGAUUUUUCGAAUAUAUGAGGAAACAGAAGUGAACGUUGACUCAAGGUACCCGGGCACAGCGAAUCAAGACGCGAAUGGAGUCCGAUUCGUUAUGCAUCUUCUUGUUGAGUACAAGAAGAACCUGUGGAUGUCAGUGGCUGCGAUGUGUGCCUCUCUGUCGGCCUCGUGUUUCUUCCUUUUGCUCAUCAAUGAGGACACGUGUUAUCGCUUUUAUUUGGUCUUGAUGCGAAUCCUCGACAUUGUCUCAUUUCUGUCACUUCCCCUUUUGUUAAUCUUUCGAAUCAUGACCGUCGCACAACUGAAUCGACAUCUCAAUCGGGUGCUCGUCGGUCUUUCCCGUCUCAGCGACCCGUCAGUGCUGAUGAAUCGGUUGAAAUGCAGCAUAGAGGAACGCGAGAAUCUUGUGCUGUGCUCGCUGGUGAUCGAGCGUUCGAUUUUCCCGGUGAUCGUUCUCGAGUAUCUCCUCGUACUCGCUAUCAUCACCGCUGCCUAUAUCGGACUUGCCUAUUUGAUCGUUUAUUGUAUCAAGCAUUGGUUCCCACAUCAACGGAAACCGUAUCGUUCGGUCUCGCAGAGACUUUACGGACCUCUUGUGCAAGCU